CUCCCGAUUCCAGUUGAAGGCAUCAGCUUGUCAACUACUGCAAACUAAAGAAAAUGAAGAUCCAAAUCGUUAUCCUGGUCUCUGCGUUUGUGGCUGUGAGCAGUGCAGUACCAGUAGCAAUGUUUGCCAAGCUCCUAAAGCAAAGGUUUCCUGGGGUAAAGUUUGAUUCAGCUCAAGAGAUCCCGGCUAAAGAUGAGUUCCUCGAUGAGAAGCCCUUGAAAGAUGAGGCAUUCAAUGAGAAGCCCUUGAAAGAUGAUGCCCUCAAUGAGAAGCCCUUGAAAGAUGAGGCGUUCAAUGAGAAGCCCUUGAAAGAUGAGGCGUUCAAUGAGAAGCCCUUGGCAGAUGAGGCGCUCAGUGAGAAGCCCUAUAAAGAUGAGGCGCUCAAUGAGAAACCCUUGAAAGAUGAGGCGCUCAAUGAGAAGCCCUUUAAAGAUGAGGCGUUCAAUGAGAAAGCUUUUGAAGAUGAGGCGUUCAAUGAGAAGCCCUUGGCAGAUGAGGCGUUGAAUGAGAAAGCUUUUGAAGAUGAGGCGUUCAAUGAGAAGGCCUUGAAAGAUGAGGCGUUCAAUGAGAAAGCUUUUGAAGAUGAGUUGGUCAAUGAGAAGCCCUUGGCAGAUGAGAUCCCUGAGAAGUUCUAUGAUCCCUAUGACGAGUUGGAUUUUAACCUGGAAGGUUUGGAAGGUGAACUGCACCCUGAUGUUGAAUAAGCAAAGAACGACGAAUCCCUCACAACAUCCUGCCGCUCUCCAACACCUGGUCUUCAGCACCACUGGUGUCAUCACAAUCAUCUUCCUUACAACGACAAUCUAUAGCGUUGCAGCAUUAAAACCAAAUUAGGCAUUGUGUCACAGUAAUGGGAUAAAGUAAAAGCUUUAAGAUGAAACAAAAUGAUUGUCUCUGUAUCACUGCUGGCAUUUUUCUGUGCCAAAUGAGCAUUUCCUGUAUCUUUACUGAGUUGUGAUUCCCCAAA